AUGUGUGCGUGUGCGCGCCCACCUCCCCCCCGCCUCGCAAAAGUUUGCUUGGGCGGUCGGGGGGCUCCCGGCCCGCCGCCUCCGCAGUCGGGGAGCACGGAGGCGGCGUGGAGCGGAAGCGCGGGACUUGCGCGCCGCGCCAUGCCGGCUGCGCGGGGGGCUGCGCACUGGGCCCUGGCGGGGCUGCUGCUGCUGCUGCUGCUACCGCCGCCCGCGACCGCGGGGACUGAGAGCAAAGCGCGGAGCUGCGGCGAGGUGCGGCAGGCGUACAGCGCCAAAGGCUUCAGCCUGGCCAGCGUGCCCUACCAGGAGAUCGCAGGGGAACACUUGAGAACCUGCCCUCAGGAAUAUACAUGCUGCACCUCAGAAAUGGAGGACAAGUUAAGUCAGCAGAGCAAACUGGAGUUUGAAAACUUGGUGGAGGAGACAAGUCACUUUGUACGCACCACUUUUGUCUCCCGGCACAAGAAGUUUGAUGAAUUUUUCCGAGAACUUCUUGAGAACGCUGAAAGGUCCUUAAAUGAUAUGUUCGUACGGACAUACGGCACACUGUAUAUGCAGAACUCAGAGGUGUUCCAGGAUCUCUUCACAGAACUGAAGCGUUAUUACACGGGAGGCAAUGUGAACUUGGAGGAAAUGCUGAAUGAUUUCUGGGCUCGGCUGCUGGAGAGGAUGUUCCAGCUCAUAAACCCCCAGUAUCAUUUCACUGAGGACUACUUGGAGUGUGUAAGCAAGUAUACAGACCAGCUGAAACCAUUUGGAGAUGUACCCAGGAAGCUGAAGGUUCAAGUGACUAGAGCUUUCAUUGCUGCACGGACCUUUGUUCAGGGGCUGACAGUAGGCAGAGAGGUUGCAAACAGAGUAUCCAAGGUCAGUCCCACCCCAGGGUGCAUCCGGGCGUUAAUGAAGAUGUUGUACUGCCCUUACUGCAGAGGACUUCCCACUGUGAAACCUUGCAACAACUAUUGCCUCAAUGUAAUGAAGGGCUGCCUAGCAAAUCAGGCUGAUUUGGAUACUGAGUGGAAUCUGUUCAUAGAUGCUAUGCUUCUGGUAGCGGAGAGAUUAGAGGGACCAUUCAACAUUGAAUCAGUCAUGGAUCCUAUUGAUGUCAAGAUUUCUGAAGCCAUCAUGAACAUGCAAGAAAACAGCAUGCAGGUGUCGGCAAAGGUUUUCCAAGGAUGUGGUCAGCCUAAGCCAGCACCUGCCCUGAGGUCUUCCCGUUCAGUCUCUGAAAACUUCAAUACACGGUUUAGACCAUAUAACCCAGAGGAGCGACCUACAACUGCUGCUGGCACAAGUUUGGAUAGGCUGGUAACAGACAUUAAAGAAAAACUAAAGCUCUCUAAAAAGUUUUGGUCAACAUUCCCUUACACAAUCUGCAAGGACGAGCGCGUGACAGCCGGCUCAUCAAAUGAGGAGGACUGCUGGAACGGCCACACCAAGGCAAGAUACUUGCCUGAGAUUAUGAAUGAUGGCUUGACCAACCAGAUCAACAAUCCAGAAGUAGAUGUGGACAUCACAAGGCCAGACACCUUCAUUCGGCAACAAAUCAUGGCCUUACGUGUCAUGACAAAUAAACUGAAGAAUGCAUAUAAUGGAAAUGAUGUCAACUUCCAGGACACCAGUGAUGAGACAAGUGGCUCUGGCAGUGGAAGCGGCUGUACAGAUGACAUCUGUCCCACUGAGUUUGAUUUCAUCAUGACUGAAGCACCGCCUGUUGACUCAGACAGGAGGGAGGUGGAGGCUUCGGCCACACGACCCAGCCAGUCACUGCAGACAUUGCUCUUCGCCUUCAUCAGCCUCGUACUGCAGAGACAAUGGAGAUAA